UCUGACGUCACAUCCGCCUAUCUUGUUAUGGUGCGGGACGCCCAGUGGAAACACCUACUACCUGUCCGGAUACUUUCUGUGUUUAAAUCGGACCUAAAGUCCAAAUCAAGCCGUUUCCUGGGGUGGAGAUGGAAAUAUCCGUGGAGGCGGAAGAUGGAGAGCGCAGAUGGGAACUCUGGAAACUUCUGUCGAAUCUGAAGACGACUGUUGAAGGGCUGCUGUCAACCAACAACCCUAACGUGUGGUCCCGCUACGGGGGUCUUCAGCGCCUGCACAAGGACAUGAACAACAUCCUGGGCCAUGGCCUCAAACAAGAACAGCUUUACUAUAAACAGAAAGACUACUGGCGUUUCGUGUGGUGUGUGCGGUAUCUCUGCCCUCAUCUCGCCCGUCACGUAGAACAGUUCAGUCAGUUGGAGCCGGUGCUGAGCAGUGGCGUUCAGAGCGUCGGCGAGGGUCAUAAAGCUGAGCGCUGGCUUUUACACAGUCUUCAGGGUCACAUCUUAUCCGCCCAGCUCAAACCACUGCUGCAACACAAGGCAAACACUCAGAAAUACUACAAUGAUGUGGCCUUCCUGCUGAGUGAACCGCACGUGUCCGCCAUGUUCCAGUGCCUGGAGGCGGUGGAGCAGAAUAACCCUCGGCUGCUGGCUCUCAUAGACACCGUCAGGCUUUCACAUUUGAAAGAGUCUCCUCCGCUGUGUUUGCUGAAGAGCCAGAGUCUGUGUCUGCUGCCCGGGGCCGUAGGAUGCUGGAGGUCUGCGGACGUCUCUCAACCCCGAAGACUCGUCUCGUCCCAGAGCUGCCUCGCAGAGAUUCCCAGCACCCCCCUCUCCCAGUCCAGCUCAGAUGUUGCCCCGUCCGGCAGUGCUCCGGGUGCCCCAUGGGUGUGCGGGACUGGACAUCCAGACGCAGGAAUCCCGCAGAUCUCCUUCACCGAACCGGCUCCGCCCGAGAUCCUCCGGGAUUGUGUGGAAGCGGAUCUGGACGACGGGCCUGAAUAUCUGGCGAUUGGUAAUCUGGGGAAGCACAAGCGCCGCGACUCGUCGAGCUCCACACAGAGCAGCGAACACAUGGGCACUCAGGCCGACGCCCACACCCCUGUGGCUCCGCCCCCUCCACGCCGCAGCUCUUUCUCAGAGGCUCCGCGAUCCACGCUGCGCCGCUCGAAGGGACACAUUCGGUCGGUGUCCGACACCGGUCUCAACCAGAAACUGAAAGCUGGAGGUGGUCACAGGAAAAUCACCAUUAUUAUCGAGGACCCUGCCGCAGAAUCUGUUGCGGCUACACCAUGUUUGAAGAGCGACGGCCCUUUCUCGCCCCAGAACAGCGACAGCGGCUCCCACAGUUCACUUUAUAUGGAGUCCAACGGCAGCCAGUACAGCGCCCCGGACGGGUUGUUCCGCAGGCCGUCCGAGGGUCAGAGUCUGAUCAGCUACCUCUCCGAGCAGGACUUCGGCAGCUGUGCUGACCUGGAGAAGGAAAACGCCCACUUCAGCAUCUCGGAGUCCCUGAUCGCGGCCAUCGAGCUGAUGAAGUGUAACAUGCGCAGGCGGGCCGAGGAGGCCGAGGAAGAGGGCGACAGCGACUCGGAGAUCCAGCAGCUCAAGCAGAAAAUACGCCUGCGCAGAAUGCAGAUACGGCGAACGCGGCUGAAGCCAACGCUUUCCUCUAAUAAUCAGGUCCCAUCGGUGGACAGUGGCGGCUCGCAGAUGAGCUCCCAGGACUCCUUUCACCCAUCUGACUCCGGCUCGGAUAGAGAAGUGGAGGACAUCGAGCUCAGAGAUGGCAGUGAUGGUCAGUCCCUGCUGGCGGUGUCUCAGAGCGGCCUGUCCCUGUCGCUCGCGUCCCUCUUCUCAGACGCAGACAUCAAGCGCUGUGUGUCCGGCAGCAGAUCCUUCCUCGGCUCCGACUCCAUCUCUCCGUCCAUGCUGCAGUCGAACUCGGCCGAGUCCGUGGCCAUGGGUCUCCUCAGGCAGUUCGAGGGCAUGCAGCUUCCCGCCGCCUCCGAGCUCGACUGGCUGGUUCCUGAGCACGACGCCCCUCAAAAACUUCUUCCAAUGCCAGAUUCUCUUCCCAUCUCACCGGAUGAUGGCGAACACGCAGACGUUUACAAGCUACGCAUCCGAGUCCGAGGAAACCUGGAGUGGGCUCCUCCCAGACCACAGAUCAUCUUCAACAUUCACCCUCCUCCAAAGAGGAAAGUGGUGGUGGCGAAGCAGAACUACCGCUGCGCUGGCUGUGGCAUUCGCAUCGACCCAGACUAUAUAAAGAGGCUGAGGUACUGUGAGUACCUGGGCCGGUACUUUUGCCAGUGCUGUCACGAGAACGCACAGGCUGUGGUGCCAGGAAAGGUCCUCAGGAAGUGGGACUUCAGUAAAAGCUACGUCAGCAACUUUUCCCGAGACUUGCUGGCCAAGAUCUCAGGAGACCCGCUCUUCAACCCGAACGACAUCAACAGCGGCCUUUACAAGAAGGUCAAAGCCCUCGAGACAGUGCGCGCGUUGAGGGAACAGUUAAACCACAUGAAGAAUCUCUUAAAAACGUGCCGUUUGGCUAAAGAUGUGCUGGAGCAGUUCGACACGUUUCCUGGACAUCUGACCGAAGACUUCCACCUGUUUUCCCUCAACGACCUCAGCGCUGUCCGUAGCGGCUGUCUGGCCCCAAAGCUGCGGGAUCUGCUCCGCCUCGGCUCCUGCCAUGUCACUGACUGCGUGCUCUGCCAGGCCAAGGGCUUCAUCUGCGAGUUCUGUGGAAAUGACAAAGACAUUAUCUUCCCCUACGAGCUCAACAAGUGCCUGCGUUGUGAUGAUUGUCGUGCGUGCUAUCACAAGACCUGCUUUAAGGCUGGGAAGGAGUGUCCUCGCUGCCUGAGACUUGCCGAGAGGAGAGAGCGGAUGGCCCGCAAGAACAUGGAGGAGCAGGAGGACGGAGACGAGGGUGAGGCGAGUGGGACCUAGCACAUGACAACACCAGUGAAUGUAGAGACUGAUAUUCAGAGACA